AUGUUCUUUGAGCCUAUCGCUCGGAGUCAUCAUCGUCAUGCGCUUGCGUAUGCAGAUCGUGAUAUUACCAUUCCUGUUCAAGUCCCUCUUCCUGAGUUUGUGGAUUAUGGGCUGGACAUAAGGGGUUUUAUUCACAAUCUUGGGUGGGAUUCCCUCUUGAUAGAUCCUCCUACUCUCAUCUGUCCUGAAAUUGUCCGUUAUUUUUAUUCCAACCUUCGCUCUUUUGGACUCCAUUCCCGCUGUUUCUCUACUGUCAUGUUUGGCCACCUUGUGACCAUUCCUGUUGCCGACCUGGGAAACUUUCUUGAGCUUCCCACAGAGGGGGAAUCCUUAGCUCAUGCCUCUGAAUUCUGGCAGUUCAAUUUUAACGUCGUUGAUGAGUUUGUUCAACUCACUGGCCUUCAUUCUGGUCCAGAUAUGUCCCUACCAGUUAACCUGGUCCUUCCCCAGAUGCGUGUGCUUCAUUUUGCUAUCACCAGGAUCUUUCUUCCUCGCUCUCAAGCUCUGGAUCGCAUUCUACCCCUUGAUCUUUGGAUCAUGACGCAUGCUGUGCAUGGUGUGCCUCUCGACUAUUCCCUUCUGGUGUUUGGUACUUUCCUUACAUAUGCAGACUCCUCCUAUCCAGGUUCUCUGCCCCUAGGAGGACAGAUCACUCGCUUGGCUAUUCGUUUGGGCAUCUCCAUUGCUCCCUUCAUUACCGAGUAUCCUAUGUUCCACUUACUGACAGAUCAAGUUCUUGAUCUUCUGGAGAUUGCAAUUGAAGGGGGGGUGGGCUGCAGCAGAAAGUGA